AUGGGUGGAAAAGGAUACGCAAAAUCAGCACAACAGUGUGCUGCGAAGAAGCAGCCGCGGCGUGGAAAAAAGAAACCAACCGAACAGCAAAGGCAACCCAAAGCGAAUGCCGACGAUGAAACCGAUCAUGUACCAUCGGACCAGCAAGACUCGUGGUUCAUGGGUUCAGACUGCCCAACUGCCAUCGGGGGCAAGCGCUACCAAAGCACGCGGGCGCAGGCAGCUGCCCAACGGCGGGAUAAAGCGCGAAAGCUGGCAAGCACCCCGGAAGCAGGUCGUGCCGGUAGCGACGAAAGGGCCACACCUCCUCACGAGCUAGCAAACCUGCCCGAGGACAUGCGCAUAUCGCAGCUGCUGCGACGGCUGACGGGAGAGUCGAAUGUGCGCGUCUUCCUGAACGUGUGCAACCGGUUGGAGGUGGUCCUGCUCGAUCCGGCAAACGCCUCGUACGUGCGCAAAUCGUUCGAAAUCCUCGCGACCACGGUCACGUCCGUCCUCGACGGUGGACUGCGCGAGUGCCACGACCGUGUGGCGGAACUGUUCGGCAUGAUGCUGCACGUGCUGGUAUGCGGUUCGCCUGACGCGUCCGCCCUGCAGGGCUGGACGUCUCGCUACCUGAACCAAAAGCGCAUCCGGCGCUCGUCACUUAUCGCCCUACGGCACGCCAUCGUUCUGGACCGGACCGGUCGCCAGCUGGAACCCGUCGCCGACUGGCUGGUCGGGUUGCUGCAGCAAAUUCUCGAGAAAACCGACAACUUGGACGUGUUCGUGCUGGUGACGGAAAUCAUGGUGGAGCAGUCGGACGCGUACGCCGAAGCAUUCUCGUCACAUUUCAGCGACAUCGUCGACAUCGUGGUCGGGUGGCAACUUGAAACGACACAACCGACGGAGGUGAAGCUACACUGCGCCCGGGUGUUGCUGGCGUUCCAGAUGCACUGGUACGAUCAGCGUAGUGUCACGUUUAAUCUCCUUGAGCAGUUCAGCGAGGACAUCGAUAGGUUGUGCAAAGAUUUCGAUUAUUGUGACGAUUACCAGCAGCGGCUGGAUGCGAACCGGUACCUCGGUUCGUUACUGACCGCCUUCAAUAGCGUGCUAAAAUGCAUGCACAACCCGAACGUCAGUACCGAAGACACCACCGACACCAUGCUGGUGUCCGACAACCUGGGACGGCUGGUGUUCAUCACGGACGAAAUGGAGCGAUUCGAUCGUUGUGGUGCCACAAUCACUGCGAUCGUGUUGCAGCUGCUUGAAGUGCCCCCGUAUGGGCUCGCGAUAUCGGCCAUCUGUGAGUUCAUCAUGCUGAAAUUGCUGCUAUCCUCACCACCCAUGACGCCUCUCACGGAGGAUGAAAUCCUUCGACUAAUCGGGCAGCUCGUGCGCUACAGCGAAAGCUACAGUGACGCCCAAUUUGGUGCACUACUACACCUAUUGCUGCACCUAAUCGGUAUCGACCGUCCGGAACUGCAGCAACAUCGAGCACUCGCUUUACUGCCGCUCCUUUUCGACACCGGUCCAUUCUUUGAAGCCCGCUUCAGGCAAAGCCAAUCCGUCCGACAAGCGCUUCUACUCCUGUACCAUCGAAUUUUAACGCUCAAAAGCGUCGAUGUGCUGCAGACCGCCUAUCGGAAGGUCCUCACCGACAUGGAGGACGCACUUGGACGUCUUCGUGCGGCAGGUCCUCGUGGUACACUGCCCGGUUUCCGACGCUUGCAGUACCGCAUCCAGUUUAACCUGCUCAUACUCUCACCGCUGGCAAUGGCGCGUAAUUCCAUCUUCAUAACCUGGACGCUUAAGGAUCAACCGGUGCUGCACGUGCUGCUAGAGCGGCUUGCUUCGGAUGAUGGCAAACUGUGGGGCCAGCGUAUCCACGCUCAUCUGCGAUAUGCGGUGCUGCUAACCGCGUACUCUCACUGUUGCGCAAACAACCAUUUCGUAUCGUCGAGUGCUUUGUUGCAGCCAAAAUCCUACACCAUGGUUGACCGGUUCCGGCGACUUGCGAUUUCUGAGGAGAACCAACCUACCGUACCCAGCGAGCAACCUGAAAGUCCUACCGCGGAUCACUUUGGGCUUGAGGUGCGGUUCCUCGGCACCAUCCUGGGGCACUGGAUCGAACCCGGGCGUGUUUUUAGAUAUGAGCCUUCCCGAGACCAGCGGGUGCUGCUGUUACUGCUCGAUUGGUGCCACGCGAUCGUCACACAAACGGCACAAUAUCACGACGUGUUGCGGGACUGUGACGACUUCAACCGGCUGCUGGUGAACGUCUGCUCGGUCGCGGUAGAAACCGGCAGUGAGAGCGAAUCGGUCGGUUUGCGGUGUGCCGAUUGUCUGGAUGUUGCCUGCCAGUAUCCCACAUUAAACCCGGUCUCAUAUCAGGCCAUCGCGGAGGCGUGCUGUGUGCACCUGUGCUCGGUUUACGAUGCGUUACGCACUCGUUACACCGUGCUGCUGUCAAAGCUACCGUUACGCCAUUCCUUGCGACAGGUGAACGAGUUUACGGGACUAAACCGGCACCGGUGGGAGCAGAUUGGUGAGCUGAAGAACGGGCUGUACCAGGGUGGAGGCGGUGCUGCGGCCACCUUCACCGUGCAGCAAUCGUCGGCCACACUGCGUAUGGCGGAUUUGCGCGCGUUACUCAACCGGAUUGCGUUCGGGCGGGAAGAAGGUGCGUACGCUGGUGGGUACCUGCACGAGCUGCUAACCCGCUCGUUUAACCGCCCAUCACGGUACGGUGAGAUGGCCCUGCGUGACCUACGCUGCCUCAUCCCGUGGGCACAGUGGGAAGCGGCUCAGCUUUGCGUUACCCACAAACUUCGCACACCAUUCGGGAAGCCCCAGAGCACGUUCCUGCGCAUCGAGUCGAUCGUGAAGCAGUGCGCCCGUAUCCUGGCACUAAACGACCGGUUUCCCGUUCGGGACAUCCGCACCUCAAUCGCGAACCAACGGCACGCUCGCAUCCUGCUCGGGUUUCUGGAGGCGCUCGAAAAAUCGAUCUACAACGCCGCCGAGGGUACGGCCUACGCGCUCCCGGUGCUGGACAAACCCGCCCGGACGUUCUUCCGCGUGAACCAAUCAACGUGCGCGGAAUGGUUCACGCGCAUCCGCACCGCGGUCGAUCUGGUCGCGCUACACUGCAUGGAACCGGAGAUGGCAAUCCGCUACUCGGAAGCGGUCCUCCGGGAGCUCGUCGCUGCCGGCAAAACGAACGAUCUCAUCUUCGAGCACAUGCUGAUGUCGCUCGUGUGGGCGCUACUGCGUAACUGGGAAUCGGACGCCCUGUACGGGGUGUACGUGUGGAGCAAGCGGUUAACCGGGCGGAAGUACACCUGGAUACGGAUGGCAGCGGAAGAAGCCGCCGGACACCGGGAAACGGCGGCUGAUGGCUUUCGGAGCAUCCUCGCCGACACGACCACCGAGGGGAAGAUGGAUCGACACAUUCGUGAAUUUAUCGUCGAUCAGACGGUGCUCUCGUUGCUCUUCACCGGUGACUACCUGCAGCUACAUGAGUUUCUGCUCGCGGAGGAAGCGAGUGAUACACCCCGGGCCACAAUCCCGCUGAUCACGGUGACUGCGGCCCAAAUCAGCUCGAUCCUGCGGUACGAGGAAACGCGCGAUGUUAGCGUGAUCGACAUCGCCCAGUGGGAGCUGCUGGACGUUGGGAACAACAUCCCGAAUGACUUCUCCUGCCACAAGAUGAUCUGCGCCGUCGAGAACAGCAUUUCCGGCAUCAUCCUGCUGGAGCAGAUCGAACAACGCGAGCGAUUAAUCGACGCCAGCACCGAGCUGGUUCAGUGCUAUUUGCAGGAAUGCCUUCUAACGCGCUGCCGGGAGUACCUGUUCCAGCUCACCAUCACGAACCACAUCCUGUACAAGAUCGCCCAACGUGUCCGGGUGUCGGAUGGUGCCACCGUCAGCGGUGCCGGUGUUGGUUCGCUCAAUGUGGAGAAGUUCUACGGUACGCUAACGCUCAUACGAUUGCUGGCCUGGUCGGAGUUCCUACUGGCCGACACCGGUGCCAGUGGGUAUGAUGGUGAGCAGCAAAACAUCGAUCUGCGGCUCGAUCUGGUGUCGAUCGGGCGGAAGGAGAAAAACUAUGCCCUCUGCCGGCGCGAACUGGAAAAGUACUACCACAAAUCGCAGCUCGCCACGAGGUUAUCUCGCGACCACGCGGAGCUUGCCGGCCAGCAACGGCUCUCCCUCGAACAGGUGGCCACGGCGCUCAUGCGUGACCACCCACCGGAUGGUGCGCUUUGGGACGAAAAUCUGUCCCGUGCCGUGUACGAACACUGCAAGUGGUUGUACUGUCAACCGGGCAAGCGCCUGGAGGCCAUCAAUUUUGCCGCCUGCGCCACAUCCACCAUCGAUGGCGUGUUGCUGCGGCAGCAGGAUCAAGCGCACGAUAUGGAGCUCACACCGAGCUGGAACCGGACGACGGGUAAGCUGACGGAACGGGCAGCACGCUUUAUGCUAACCAUCGCCGAUUGGUUGACCGGAAUGGGCGAGAUCGGUGAACAACCGGCCACGGAGUUGAGCAGUGUGCGACGGCUCGAAGGACUAUUGCCGGCGAUUAACGUGAAACCGGUCGGGAAGGCACACACCGGUAUCCUUGGACCGUGCGAUCGGUUAAUCGGCACGCUACUGCAGGGCUCUGUCAACCGAAGUCCGGAUCUUGCGAAGGCCUGGUUCGCAUUGGGUUCCUGGUUGUACCGCUGGGGUCGACGCAUCGUGGAGAAUAGUGCCUCGGGAGAUGGUUCGAGUGCCAGGAUCAGCGUCGAUCAAGUGGCAGCCAUUUUAACCGAACCGGGUGUGUCGCUGGCGGAUUGCGAACGUAUCGUGGCGAUACUGAAUGAACACGAACCGGGCCGAAUCGUGCCGGAACCGGAUGCGCAAGACACGCGCCACGUGGAUGAUGACGAGGAGGAACUUGAUCUGGAUAGUUCCGCGACGAUCGGUUCGAUUGGGCUGCUCGAUGCGUUGCACCGGGCAGUGCCGGGACUCGAGGGUGUUGUAGCUCCGGAACGACUGCACGCCAUCAUCGACAUUUGGCGAAAUAAUCACCGGGCUGUGUACGGCUAUUACGAGUCAGCAGCAGCCGCUUAUUUCCGGUUCCUGCAGCUAUCUUCCGGUAGAAGUACGGACACGUCCACGACACCCACCGACGGAGUAGACAGUGAGCGAGCUCGUUCCGUGACCGUCACCUUGCGACUGCUACGAUUGAUCGUGAAACACGCCCUUGGCUUAAAAGAGGUCCUUGAGGAGGGCUUGGAGUCGACCCCGAGUGAACCGUGGCGUGUAAUCACUCCACAGCUGUUCGCACGACUCGCCCACCACGAACCGUACGUUCGAAGGCGCGUUUCGGAGUUGCUGUGCCGGGUGGCGAAGGAUGCACCACAUUUAAUCAUCUUCCCGGCCGUCGUCGGCUCCGUACAGGAAGAACCCGGUCAGCUCACCGUUGUGGACGUGAUCCGGGAUGGCGUCGACGAGGUGUCGAACCGGCUCGAUGAAGGUGAACAACCUGCCGGUGGUGACACUUCCGGGCUUGGGUUCUGUUUCAACGCCCUGCUGGAUAUCCUGUCACGCGAGAUUCCGGACACCGUGAAGCAGGUGCAGACGCUCGUACACGAGUUGCGGCGCAUUUCGUUGCUUUGGGAAGAGCUGUGGGUUGUUUCGCUGCAGCAGAUUUAUGCUGACUACACCAAGCGGAUACCGGCGUUUGAGGCGGAAUAUCGGCGACUACACGCGUCCGGGCAAAUGAAUGAAGCGAGGCGUGCCCUGUUGGCGGAAAAGCGCCGGUUGCUGCUCCGGCCACUGCUAUUCGUGCUCGAACAACUUCACAGCAUCACGUCACGCCCCGCCGAAACGAACCAUGAGCGGCACUUUCAGGAACGGUACCAUCGCUUCAUCCGGAACAUGCUCACGAAGCUACGCGAGCAGGCGGAUUGCAAUCGACCGAUUGAUGGUUGGAGCCGUUUCAAGACAUUCUACACGCAGCUGCAGCAACGCAGCCAGAAGCGCUUUUCCUUCUUCCUGCGGCUUAGCGACGUCAGCCCGAAUCUCCUCCGGUUGGCGCAUACCGCCAUCGCGAUGCCCGGCAUCGACACGACACACACCGGCCAGGCACCGGUCCUGAUCCGUUCGGUGGACAACAACAUCCAGAUUCUGCCGACCAAGACGCGCCCGAAAAAGCUCACGUUUUGUGGCAACAAUGGCCGCCGUUUUGGGUACCUAUCGAAGGGUCUCGAGGAUCUGCAUCUUGACGAGCGCAUCAUGCAGUUCCUCUCGAUCGCGAACCUCAUGAUGACGAAGUCGAUCGACUGUAAUGGGAAUGUGACGCAUUAUCGUGCGGAGCAUUACUCGGUUAUCCCGCUAGGACCCCGGUCCGGGCUUAUCACGUGGGUGGAUAACACUGUACCGAUCUUUUCGCUGUACAAAAAGUGGCUACAGCGCGAGGCAAGCCAAAACAAGGAGUCGAAGGGUGCGAUACGUCCUUCCGAGCUGUUUUACAACAAGCUGACACCGUUGCUGCACAGCCACGGCAUUAAGGCGAAUGCAAGCCGACGCGAGUGGCCACUGGAGGUUCUCAAGCAGGUGUUGGCUGAGCUGCAGCAGGAGACACCGCGGGAUUUACUGACGAAGGAACUUUGGUGCCAUAGUGCGACCACAUCCAGCUGGCGGCAUGUCACCCGUAGCUACUCACUCUCGCUGGCUGUGAUGAGUGUAAUUGGGUACAUCAUUGGGCUCGGUGAUCGGCAUCUCGACAACAUGCUGGUGAAGCUGGCCACCGGUGAGAUCGUGCACAUUGACUACAACGUGUGUUUCGAGAAGGGCAAGACGCUGCGCGUACCCGAGAAGGUGCCCUUCCGGAUGACACCGAAUCUAGAGGAAGCGCUGGGUGUUACCGGUAUUGAGGGUACAUUCCGCUUGGCGUGCGAGCACGUGCUCAAAUCCCUAAAGAAAGGACGAGAAACAUUACUGACAUUGCUAGAAGCGUUCGUGUACGAUCCGCUUGUCGAUUGGGCGAUCGGUGAGGAGAUCGGCAGCGGACUUCCGAUGACGGCCACCGACAUAACGGUAUCUACCGCUGCUGCCGCCUCCAACGCACCAGGCAGCGUGGCCACACGUUACAUCAGCCUCGCGAAGAAGCAGCUAGACCGCGAGGUAACCCGCGACACCCUGGCGGUACGGUUCGCCGAAUGUCGCGCCGAUUGGUUCCAGAACCGCGACGAACUGCUACACCACCUACUCUGCAUGCAGAAGCUGCUGCGAGAUAUCCGCGAUGUACGGGAAGACUUGCGCGAAUCCGAUCGCUUACGGUCGUCCCUAUCGCAACAGCUGCAGUUGAUCGGUGAAGCGGAAUACCUCGACACAGCGUUCGGAAGUCAUCCGCUGGCGAGUCUGGCAAAUCGGUUGACCCUUCGCGCGCAGCUUUUGGACGAGUGUGCUAAUCAGCGGGACCAGCUUGGACGUGAAGCAGAUCGAUUGCUGCAGCAGCUCGCUCACUAUAAUGACUGCCGGCGUCUGGCGCAACAGGAUCGGUUUGCGGGACUGCAAAAAGAGUUAACCGAAGGGCUCACCCUGAUUGGUCAGCACCCGGAUGAGCAAACGUUCCGUUCGCUGUUGGAGCUUUUCACCAACCUGGAACCCGGCUACUUGCAGUACGUAUGUGCUCACAAAAAACUGAACGCCCUCCACCGUCAGGCGGUUCCUAUGGCACAGAGAGUACUAGAACUGCUCGUGCAUUACUUCGCCGAUCGUCGUCACCAACAGGAGGAACACGAACAUCCUCUCCAACGAUACAGUGACUGGUACCGGCGGCUAGCGGACGGUGAUGAGCAAGACUUAUCCACCAGCUUGGCUGCGGCUCAGCAGGUCAUACAGGAACAGCAAGAGCUCGUGGAGCAGGGCCGCCGUCACGUAAAUCUCCCACGAGACGUACCAGAUACACCUGCAGGCAAAAUCGAGCAGUUGGUUCGUGAAUUGAUCGAGCUAGAGCGUACCGCCGUGACAUGCGAGGUGUCUCCUGCGAUUCCGGUGAACCGAUUGGCGGCGGUGGUGCGCCAGCUUGCGGAAGCAUGCACAAUCAAUUUGUCGGAGGAUGGCGAGCGAGCGCUUGCCAACAUCCUGCGAGUUGCGUCGGAUUACGCGGCGGUGGAGCAGUUCCAAGAAGUGACGCUUGCACUUAUAGGCGGUGGUCUUGAUGAGGAUACGCCUCAUCGAUCUAUCGGCGAACAGGAGAUCCUGCUGAACAACCAGUUUGAGCGGCUGAUGGUGAGCGUUGAGCAGAGUGUCCUUGAGGCCGCAGCUGAUGAUGUGUGGGAUGAUGCCCUACAUGACACGCUUAAAACGGCUGACGCGAUGACACGCGUGCUCAUCGAUAGCUGGAUGGAGGACGGUGCUAGGAAGCUGCAUCCUGACAGGUUGGAGACAGCCUUCAAGCAGCUGUUAACAUCGACGUCACCAUGGUCGAACCAGGAAGGAACUCUCACAUCGUCACCUUUCGAAAAGCAAGCAGCGUUUCUGACCGUUUGGCUUGGCCCAUAUCCGGACACGGUGGCGGCUAUAAUAGACGAGUUAGUCGAAGCUCUUAUAGUGGCCGGAAAGCUGCAGGCGCUGGCUGAGCUUCGACAGGCGUACGAUUCAGAUCCCGCCUCAUUGCGGUGCUUUAUUAGACGUUUCAUCCGGUUGCGCUUGGUUGGACGGGUCCCGUUGGCGGUGGCCACGAUCCUGCGUGAGCUCGCGAAUGCCUCACUUUCAGCAGAUGAAGAACCACCGCCAAUCGAGUGCCAACGGCAGCAGUUAUGUGAGACGAUCCACCUGCUCGAGUCACUGCAACCGCGACUGCAGGCAAUGUACGACGUGGCGAGUACCCGAGCAGAAUCACUCCGAAACCGGCUUUCUUGGUCAGCAGCUGUCCAUCCACCACUUUGUACAAUCGAGCUAACGGAUACGUACGAACAUGGCUCAAUGCAGCACACAGCAGCCAGCCAAAGGCUGACACGUGCUUUCAACCUCGUCCUGCGACACGCGAAGGCUACGCUGCGAUACGAGCAAACGCGUCCCGCGAGUGAUGCAACGCUUCCAUCUGAGUUUGAAACGCUGCUCGAAUGCUGGCAGAAGAUGCUCGCCAGCUGCAGCCAGCGUGGGGCCUCGUUUGUCUCACCGACGGAAGAAGCCCUCGUCGAACUGCUCGAUCCGGAGGGUUCGAUCGAUCAAACGUGGAUCAGCAACGUGCGUGCACUCAUCGACGACAUGACCGAUCAGCUGCUGACGAAGAUCGCUCGCUUGGAGCAGGAUGAUGAAGCACUUCAAGCGGCUCUUCACGCUGCCACGCGGCGUUUGCUUGCCCUCACGCGUGCCCACGACGACAUCGCUGGGGACAUCCGGUCGCUCUUACGCACUCAGUUGCGCAUCGACGGAUCGGCUAUGUUGCGGGAGUAUUUGCACCGAUAUCGGCGCUUCCUGGACCUGCUGCUGGAUUCCUAUCGGGCACUGAAAGAGGGAGCUGGCAAAAUUUCGACCGAAACAACCGUGGAUGUUAGCGAGAAGGUGGACGAAUUGCUUGAUCUGCUGCACGACGUAUUCGAGCAGUUGUUCCAGUUCGAGGAGUUGCCAACAGAUGGCGCUGGUGAUGGUGAGGAGCCACCAGUUGACGAACACAUCGAUACCGGUGGUACAGAUGGGUCACCUUCAUCGAUUCCGCUUGGCUCUGAUGUGCCCGGUGCCGAAGGAAAGGAGCAAAAGCAACGCGAGCAAAAGGAACAGAAACGGAACGCGUACGCCGUUUCCGUGUGGCGGCGCAUCCGCAUGAAGCUGGAAGGACGUGAUCCGGAUCCGGCUCGUCGGUGUAGCGUAGCCGAGCAGGUUGCGUAUAUGAUUGACGAGGCGAUGGACCCGGACAACCUGGCCGUCCUGUACGAGGGCUGGACGCCGUGGGUUUAGCAGCCGAUGGAGACGCCCGGUAGUUCGUAGCGAUCGCUUGCCGUCAUUUGUAAAUAGGGGGUUUUCGAUCGAGGUGAGGUGCUGUUGAUGUUUUUUUUAUUGUUGCCGCCGUCGUACCUCUCUGCCUCCACACCGCGCGCACAAGAGCCCCAUGCUCUUGUUUCCAUUUUAGUUUGUUUUAAUGAAUAAGCGUGUCGUUAUUUUUCUUUGCAUUCGCGUUCUUUUGCUUUUAAAUCGUUACCUUCCGGCUAGGUGAGGCAGAGGGGAGUUGAUGUGUGACGUUUAAGGACGAGUUAAGCGUACGAGAGAAUAGAAAUCCCUUCAAAUCCCAUUCGCGGUUCUUCCAUUCACGCAGAGGGGACAUUUUCAGACAUUGGGAGAUUAGAGAGAAAAAAAGACCAACAAACUUUUCAGGGACGCACACAUACACACGCGGCGCAGGUGCAGGAGCCCGCGUGGGAAAGUGAUUGUAAUAUCCGUAGGCCACGAACUGUCGAAGACUGUAAACGAGAGGAUAUUUAAGGGUAUUGUAGAGAUGUGUACGAGGUGUGAUGAUAAGUAAUAAAAAGAAACGAAACAAAAUUAUCUCAGCUGAGAU